AUGACCACGUCGGUGACAUGCCAUCACGUGACGGACCGAAGCACUAUAAAGGACGGACGAACACCGGGCAUCGCCAGUGGGCAUGGCAGCAGCGAGACCGGCACCAUGCUCAGCAACCCCCUUUGCUUCGUGCUGCAGAUGAACGCCGACAGAGCCGGCGGCUCGAUGCCUCCGUUCAGCACUUUCAGCGGCGAAGCGUCGUCGUCGACGGGCACGCCGACUCACGUGACCGAGCUGGACCGCGUGGUGGCGUACGCAAACCGCUUCUCGCUGAAGCUCUUCAAGCACGCGGCGGCGCUCGACCCGCGCUCCACGGUGUGCGUCGGCCCGUUCGCCCUGUUCCAGACGCUGUGCAUGGCCUACGCCGGCGCCCAGGGAAACACCGAGCACCAGAUGGCCAAGGCGUUCAAGGUGAACAAGCGCUUCGAGAUGCACGGCGCCUUCCAGACGCUGAUGUCGCUGCUUCGGGGCAAGAGGAGCGACGGACGCCGGGAAAUGUCCUGCCGCGCAUUCGUCGAGCGAAGCCUACAGCUGGCGCCCGCCUUCGAGGCGAUCCUAGAGAAGAAGUACCAGGCCGAGAUGCGCAGAGUAGAACUGGCGGACGAGCCGGACAGCGUCCGCGAACAGGUGAACUCGACCGUCGAGAAGGACACGCGGGGCGCCAUUUCGCAGCUGCUGGUCAGCGGGGUGACCGACCACGACACCCGGAUCAUCAUCUGCGACUCCAUCUACGUCAAGGCCAGCUGGGACACCGUCUUUCCCGCUACGGCAGCGGCGACCGAAAAGCACCCGUUCACGGUGAGCACGGGCCGACCGGCGAGCGUAAGCGGCGCCGCUGCCACCGCCAUGGGCUCCGACCAGGGACCCGAGCUGAUCCGCAUCUCGGGGGUGUACCGACACUGCCGGGACGCCGAAAACAAGCUGCUCGCCGUAGAGGUUCCCUUGCGCGGUGGUCAGCUGAGCCUGCUGCUCUUCUUGGCGGACAACGCGCCCAGCCUGCGCCGUUUUCACAAGCACCUGUCCCUCGACCUUUACGAGAGGAUUCUCGACAAACUGAAGGACACCGGCGAGAGGAUAUCGGGAGAGGUCACGCUGGCACGUUGUAGCAGCAAGGACAAGAUCGGGCUUGUUGGCGGAACAUUGGAGAGGUAUCUUGUUGCGUUAGGCGUAGUGAGGCUUUUGCUUCUGCCCAUGAUGAUGGUUAUUUGA